AUGUUGUUGGCCGUCGGUGUCACUGUCGUGCGCUGCCGGGCAUUGCCGAGUGGGACACCGAUGCUGCGCCGCCAGGGCAAGCAGAAAGGCCGCCGUCGCGUCUUGCUCAGUGACCUGAAGGCUCUGCUGCUCAGGCCACCGCUCGCACCCAUGAACGGACAGCAGGCGGCAGGGAGCGGCGAGGGCAGCGGCGAGUGGAGCCGGGCCGCCGGGGGGACAGAAGGGGCAGGUGGGACAGGGGAGAGCACAGGUGGGGACGGGAGCAGCUCGGCGGAGGACUGCCCCAAGGAGAAAGAGGAGAAACUGGACAAGCUGGGAGAGAGACUGUCCCUCAGCAGCUGCACGGACAGCGGGGCCAGGACACCGCUCUGCAGGAUCUGCUUCCAGGGGCCAGAACAGGGGGAGCUGCUGAGUCCAUGCCGCUGUAGUGGGUCAGUGCGCUGUACUCACGAGCCAUGCCUGAUAAAGUGGAUCAGCGAGAGAGGCUCCUGGAGCUGUGAGCUGUGCUACUACAAGUACCAUGUCAUCGCCAUCAGCACCAAAAACCCACUACAGUGGCAGGCCAUCUCACUGACGGUGAUUGAGAAGGUGCAGAUAGCAGCAGCUGUGCUUGGCUCCCUCUUCCUCAUCGCCAGCAUCUCAUGGCUGGUGUGGUCUUCGCUUAGCCCUUCAGCCAAGUGGCAGCGGCAGGACCUGCUCUUCCAAAUCUGUUACGCCAUGUAUGGCUUCAUGGACCUGGUGUGCAUCGCUCUGAUCGUGCAUGAAGGCCCAUCCGUGUUCCGCAUCUUCAACCGCUGGCAAGCGGUCAACCAGCAGUGGAAAGUGCUAAACUACGACAAGCUGAAGGACACUGAGGACCCUCAAAAGGGCGGAGCAAGCAGCGGCCUGCGUUCCCUCACCCUGCCCCUCAGUCAUCGGGUCGGGAUGUCCCCACCCAAUGGCUCCGGCCCCUCCCCCUCUACCUCCUCCCUCAUGGCGGUAACCACGGCGACUGCAACACCUGGCACCGCCAUCCCACUGCCACCGGCUGCCCCGGAAACUGAGGAAUCGUCAGAGGCAGAGAACGGGCCGGCAGGCCUGGCCGAACAUCACUGUGCGUACAACCUGCUCCAGCUGCUCAGCCAGCACCUCCGGCCACAGGAGCCCCGCCCGCCAGCCUCCGCCACUACUGGACAGACCGGCCAGCCAGGAAAUAACAACCGCGAACUGGUCAUGAGGGUCACUACAGUCUGAGGGUCAGCUUGACCUGUUAAACUACACAGCGCUUUGUGAGGGAAUUUUUUUUGUGACAUUUGCUAGCAAAGACAUUUGCUAGUUUUCUAGGCAGCCAAGUUCAGAUUUUACUCUGGAAUUGACCGAAAGAUGUUGAAAAUAAAGAAGAAACAGAUUUUUUCUCUUGUUGUGUGGAGGCGAGGAGAAAGUGAGCGAGGGUGAUAGCAAAAAUAAGGGAGUGAGAGAGUGAGCAUGGUUUGAUUCAGUUUUUGGUAGUAGCUGUCAGAGCACAGAAUUCACAGCUGUGCUUUUUGUAGUGAAAAGGAACAGAGCAAGGGGUCAAAAUGGUCAAGCUGAGAUUGAAGCACUUGCAUGUAAGUGGGCGGUUCAUUAGAGCUGCAGUACAAAGCCACAGAAAGCAGAGAGCGUUUUCAAGCACAAUCCUAACAAUGCAAGGCAGGUGCUGUAUACACACAUAGCAUUACAUUUACUACUGGGUUGAUGAUGGUCAAGGUUUCAUAGGAAAGAAUAAGUACGUAGAAUUAAACUGAAAGUCUACACUUAAGUUUACAUUGAAACCCACCAGGAUGUGUUCAAAUGGGUCAAUGACGCUGUAAUGGCCGCCUGGCCUUAAUAACGGACUCUCUUACUGACCUACUGACCAGGUUGUCUUACCAUAGAGAUGACCUGUAGCCAUCGUAGAACCCCCCCACCCCCACCGGGCGAACGUGGCCCAAGUUGAGCGGUCUUUUUCUUUGACGGACUACUUUUGUUUACAUUUGUUAAAAUAUGUGAAAAAAACACAUUGCUACAUUAAAAAAACAAUGAGUGCAAUGUAAAAGAUUUAACUGUCGUUUCUCUUGGGAUCUUGGGAUUCGGGAGGAAAUGAUUGAUGAAGAGCGGGGAAAGCAGUGACAUCAUCGCUUCCUGUGGACUACUCGACUGUCUGCUAUUGUAGAUCAAUCCAAACCAAUCAAUCACUCACAUGCUUUCCACUUUCACUGAUUGGUUGUUGAGAGCAAAUUCAGGCACUUAGCCAAUAUGUCUCUCUCAGGCUAGUGAGUAAGAAAGUGUGCUUAAAAUAACAGUUUAUUAUAGAGGCCAAAAAUCCACAAUACGUUCAAAAUUUACACAACAAAGUUUAUUUUUUUUAAAUCUCUGAUCAGCUUCUCUUCAUUAUUCUAACA